AUGUACGUGCGAGCAAUAUAUAAUGAUAAGACAAUAACAUCGAGACUAUUGUGCGCCAAAUCUAGAAUAGCACCAUUAAAGAAACAGACACUACCACGACUAGAACUCUGCGCAGCAUUGCUGGGAGUCGAAUUAGCAGAAAGAGUUAAACAAGAUUUAAAGUAUCAAAACGUGCCAACCUACUUUUGGUCCGAUUCCAAAAUUGUUUUGUCAUGGAUAAUAUCUUCAUCUGCCUCAUUGCACACAUUCGUAGCAAAUCGUAUUAGCAAAAUUCAAGAGAUGUCACAUGCUGAUCAAUGGCAUCAUGUGGCGUCAAAGGAUAAUCCUGCUGACAUCAUUUCCAGAGGAAUAAAAGUUAAAAUGUUCAAUUAUUCACAUAUAUGGUUUUUUGGUCCACUCUUCCUUCAUGGACGCAACGAAUUUUGGCAACAGCCAAACCUAAAGGCAUUUAACAUCUCAACUGAUAUCGAAAGACGACAAGGACAUACAGUUAACAUUAUCAUUCAAACGACUGGUUCUGAUCACAUGAUAAAUCAAAUUGAUCAUCGAAACUCAUUCAGAUACCUCCAAAGAACAAUUGCUUAUGUUCGCCGUGUAUUUCAUCGCACACAAUCACCAACAAGAACACUUUCUCCAAAGGAAUUACGAGAUGCAUUAGACUUCAUAAUUAAAACUAUUCAGGACUCAGAAUUUGCAAAGGAAAUCUCUGACUUAAAACAAUGUAAAGCAAUCAACAGUUCGAGUCAACUAAAUACUUUAGCACCGUUCAUUGACGAACAAGGUGUACUUCGUGUUGGAGGAAGGCUUGAAGCAUCAACAUUGCCAUAUGAUGCUAAACACCCAAUGGUAAUUCCUUACAAUCACUCAACAGUGAAAUUGAUGUUCAAAAUGAAACAUGAAGAAAAUUCCCAUUGUGCUCCACAAUUAUUGCUAAGCAUAAUGAGACAAAACUUCUGGCCGAUUAAAGGAAAGAUUAUGGCGCGAAACAUUGUUCACAGCUGUGUCAUCUGUUCAAAGGCAAAACCAAAACUGAUGGACCAACUCAUGGGCAACUUACCGACUGAUCGAGUUACUCUGACUAAACCAUUUUUUACCACAGGAGUUGAUUACUGUGGUCCGAUAUGGAUUCAUUAUAAAAUUAGAGGAAAAAGGCCAACAAAGGCAUAUUUAGCCGUAUUUUGCUGUUUCGCGACUAAGGCUGUUCACCUAGAAGUG